GCAAAUAUUGGCCCGGGAAAUAAAAUCAAAUGGGCCGACCCAGGCGGUGAUAUCUUGUCUGCUCUUGUACGGUUACUCCGUCACUCCUUGUUGACUCUGGACAAUAAAACAUAGUAAAUCUCACCCGCCGGUCCGACCAACCGCCGAUGGAGAACUCCGACGUGUUCGGUUCUUCCACGGCGCCACUGACGUGGCACGACUUCCUCGAGCGGAUGCGCCACCCUUCAGCGGCCGACUUUGUCAAAGCCAUCAAAAGUUUCAUAGUGUCCUUUUUGAACAAUGCUCCGGAUGCCGAGAAGGACAGUGCAGCCGUGCAGGAAUUCCUGGGAAAUAUGGAAAUGGCUUUCAGGGCCCACUCCCUUUGGGCGGGAUCUACAGAGGAGGAGUUGGAGAGUGCAGGUGAAGGACUGGAGAAAUAUGUUAUGACAAAAUUGUUUACUCGUGUAUUUGCUUCAAUUCCUGAAGAUGUCAAAGUGGAUGAGCAGCUUCAUGAAAAAAUGGCUUUGAUUCAGCAAUUUAUUAAGCCUGAGAAUUUGGAUAUCAAGCCAACAUAUCAAAAUGAAGCUUCAUGGUUGUUUGCUCAAAAGGAGCUUCAGAAGAUUAACAUGUUCAAGGCACCUAGAGACAAGCUAGUGUGCAUCCUAAAUUGUUGCAAAGUCAUCAAUAACCUGUUGCUAAAUGCGUCCAUUGCUUCCAAUGAAGAUCAUCCAGGAGCAGAUGAAUUUCUCCCUGUCCUAAUUUAUGUCACCAUAAAGGCAAAUCCUCCCCAACUGCACUCAAAUCUGUCAUAUAUCCAACGAUUUAGACGACAAACUCGCCUAGUAGCCGAGUCAGCCUACUUCUUCACGAAUAUGCUCUCGGUGGAGUCUUUCAUUACCAAUAUAGACGCAAAAGCCCUCUCGAUGGACGAUGAGGAAUUUGAAAAGAACAUGGAAUCCGCAAAAGCCCUUCUUGCCGGCCUCUCUGAGAACUCAGACUACGUGGAUGCUCAAACAAAUCAAAAUACCAAACAAACUCCAAACAAACAAACCGUGGAUUCAAAAUCCAAAAUUCAAGAAGCCACCAGUCCAUCUCGUGAAAUUAAAUCUGGGACUGAGGAAUUACUUGAGAAAGACAGUCAAGUGUUGGAUAAAAUUCCAUCGGUGUCUGAUUUAGAAAACAAGGGUGCAGCAGAUCUCUUGAAGGAAGACGAUCUGAACCGUCUUUUUCGGGAUUUCCCUUAUUUGUACUCCGAAGCCGGUGACCUGGCGGUUGGCGAUGUGGAAGAUUUGCUGAGUCAUUAUAAGCAGCUCGUGUUGAAAUACGUUUGCCUUGCUAAAGGUUUGGGAGAGAAAAAUCCAUCUCCUUUGUCCUCUGGUGGCGAAAACCAGAACUUAGAGCAGUCGAAAGUCGAAGAUGAUUCGGAAACGAGAAAAGAAGAUAGUCCAGAUAAUGAUUUGCAGAAGGAACUUUCUGCGGUUGUGGGCCAAUCAGAUGAAGGGUUGGGUUUUGUGCCGGAAAAUAACGAGUCGAGUGUGGUUGAAGAAGGAACUGCUCAAACCCCGGUAGAAGAAGGUGGCGGAAAGUCUUAAUUUUUAUCAUAUUCCGAUAUGGAAGAGGUACACUUCUAUCUGUAAUUUGAUUUUCCUUCACACUUCUUGAAAAAAAAGAAGUAGAAUGUUUGAUUUUUGUCCAUAAGGUUGAGGUUCCUUUGAAGGGCAUGAAGGUGCCAGCCAAUUAUGUAUCAGUAUCAAGUUUUACAUCAGUAUGUGGAAUGAGGUUACAUUUACAAGAUGGUGCUGGAUAAAUUCUUCAGUUUUUGUUCAUCAGGCAUUCAUUUGCCCCCUGAACUGAGUAUACGAGAGACCAGAAAAUAAUAAUUUUGUAGCUUAUAGUUGGGAGUGUUAUUCGAUCACAGCUCAUGUGCAAGCUCGUGCUCGUUUAAUAAUCGAACUAGUCUAACUCGUUUAGGCUCGGUUCAACUCGUUCA